UUGGUAACUUGAACGAUUCAAAAAGUAAUCAAGCAUGAAUGUAUGAUGAUACUGUUUUUCAAGCUUAGAAAAACAGUCUGAAAAAGUUGCUGAAGAAGCCAAAUGUUAUCUUGAUUCAAUCAGAGUAGCUGUUACAAAUACUCAAUUAAGAAUUGCUCAAACCAUGAUAAUAAAUCUUCCAUGCGGCCAGCUGAAACUAAGUAUAAACGAUUGAUUGAAAGACUCGACCAAGACACAAGAACUGAUUUGGAUGAGGCUUAUCGUACGAUAGUUGUUGAGCCUUUAGUCCGAUUUUGCUCGUAUUUUACUGAAGUCAACGAAGCCAUUAAGCAUCGUCAGAAAAUAGUAGCAAGUUAUGAUACAUCAAGAGCCAAAGUUAAGAAAUUGAUGAACAGACCAAACAGGGAUCCUCAAAUACAAAGUUGUGCUGAACAAGAGGCUAAUAUAACAAGAGAAGCCUACCAGAACUUGAAUACAAUGCUCUUGAAUGAUUUGUCUCAAUUGAUUGACUUGAGAAUAGCCUAUUUAGAUCCUUCGUUUGAAGCAUGCAUCAAAUCACAGCUCAAACUCAGUCAGGAUAGUUAUGGUGGGUUUGAAAAACUGAAAGAGUAUUUUCCCUCACAUCAAGAAGUGGUUGAUCACCGAGUUGAUCAAGUUAUACAGCAAAUGCGCGAAUUGACCAUCUGUGGCAACUUGUAAGGCGUGAGAUGCUCAUGUGACUAUUUUGUAUAUAUAUAUGCAUGCAUCAGCUAUUUUCUCUCUCUCUCUCUCUCUUUACUUUCAGAAUGUGUAUUUUGUUUUGGACUGUAGACAACCACCCGAAAUAUCGCUUGUAAGAACUAGCUUCUUUUCAGAAUGAAGGACAUUUGUUAAUAAAAAAAGACUAGUAUUUUUGCAGGCAACCGAGAUGAGUUUCUGGAAAGACCCACAGCAAGAGCUCACUUUUGGGACGAACCUCACCAAGACGUGUUGGCCGGUACUGAUCUCGAAGUCAACCUAG